AUGCCGCCGAAAAAGGGAGGAAAAAAGAAUAAAAACGAUGACGAUUGGGAUGAUGAAGCUGCUGAGCGUAAAUUAGCUGCAUUAAAACUCGCCGAGCAAUCUGAGACUCAAUGGGAUGAUGAACCCCCGAAACCAAAAGGAAAGGCAAAAGCUCCCGCGAAAAAAGGGUUCGCCGCAAUGAUGAUGGAUGAUGAUAGUGAUCAGGAAAAACCAAUAUCUGACGACGAACCUGAGCCGGAGCCAACACCUGAGCCAAAAGUUGUCGAAGAAAAGAAACCGAAAAAAGAAAAGAAAGAAAAAGGGAAAAAAGGCAAAAAGGGGAAACAGGCUGAUGAUGAUGAUGAUUUGGAUGCGAUUUUGGCAAGUAUUGAGAGUAAGGAUGCUCCAGUACCAGCUGCGCCUCCUGUGGCAACAUCAAAAUCCGACGAGAAAGAAGCAUCGCCUAAUGUAGAUGAGCCUGAGCCGGAAGACAAGAAGGGAAAGAAGAAGAAGAAGGGAAAGAAAGGUGGAAAUGAUGAGCCUUCCGAGGUAAACGAAAUCACUGCAAAACCAACUGAAGACUCUGUGAAGGCUCCAUCCGAAGAGAAGGAAGAAGAAAAGGAAGAAGAAGACGGAUCGGAUAAUGAUGAAGAAGGCGGAAAGGGUAAAAAGGACAAGAAGAAACAGAAAAAGAAGGAUAAAAAGAAGGAAAAGGAAAAGAAGGAAAAAGAAGAAAAGAAGGGCAAGAAGGGCGCAAGCGGUGUGAGCCUUAUCAAGGAGAUGCUCAAAAAGCAGCAGGAGAUUCGCGAGGAACAAGAACGGCUUGCACGUGAAGAACAGGAACGCAUUGAAAAAUUGGAAAAGGAACGCGAGGAGCAGGAACGAAUCGCUCGGGAGAAGAAAGAAGCUGCGAAAGAAGCUAAACGUUUGGAGAUCGAACGCCAGAAGGCUGCUGGAACUUAUAUGACGGCGAAGCAACGAAAAGAACAACAGAUCGCUUUGGAAAAGUUGAAGGCUGCUGGAUUGAACAUUCCAACGGUUCGAGAAGCUCCUGCUGAUGAUACACAGAAAAAAGGAUCGUUUGUUUAUAUGGAUGAAAAGACUCGUCAAAAGUUGGAAGAAAAGAAGAGACGUCGGCUUGAGAAACAGGGAUUGAUUGCUCCGGAAACGAAACAAGACGCACCUCCUGUUGAAAAGGUCGAGACUUCGGUGGAAGAAGAGAAGACGCCCGAAUCAACACCUGAUAAGGAGGAGCCACUUGAUGAUUGGGAAAUGGCUGAUGAGGUAGUGGAAGAGCCAACAAAACCUGCGAAGGAAGAUGUGAAGCAAGUCAAGGCUGAGGAAGAAUCUGAUGAUGAUGAAGAAUCAGAUGAGGAUGAAGAAGAAGAAUCAUCGGAGGAGUCAGAUAGUGAUUCUGAAGAAGAAGAAGAAGAAGACUCAUCGGAUUCAGACGCUGAAGUCGGAAAAGGAAAAGAAACUAAAGAACAACUUAUGGAACGGAUUAGAUCUCGGAUAGCGAAGAGAAGGGAAGCCGCCCAAGCGAAGCGGACAACUGACGAUUUGCGCUCCCCUGUGAUUUGUGUUCUUGGUCACGUCGAUACUGGAAAGACAAAAAUGUUGGAUACGAUCCGUCGCACAAAUGUUCAAGGUGGAGAAGCUGGAGGUAUUACACAACAAAUUGGAGCGACUGAAGUGCCUGCUGAUGCCAUCAAAGAACGUUGUCGGCAAGUUAAAGACUUCAAAGCUGACUUGAUGAAAAUUCCUGGAUUCCUCAUCAUUGAUACCCCUGGUCACGAAAGUUUCUCAAAUCUCCGUACUCGUGGUUCGUCACUAUGCGAUUUUGCAAUUCUUGUCGUCGAUAUCAUGCACGGUCUUGAGCCGCAAACCAUUGAAUCUCUCAAACUUCUGAUUAAGGGAAACACGCCAUUCGUUGUUGCUUUGAAUAAGAUUGAUCGGCUGUACGAAUAUGAGUCGAAUCCGCGCAAAGACGUAUACGAAUUGUUGAAAUCGCAGAAGCAACGAGUUCAACAAGAAUUCAAGGAAAGAUAUGAAAAGAUUGUCGUUGAAUUCGCCGAACAGGGAAUUAAUGUCACGUUGUCGAAUAAACAGAAGGACGACGAUUUCGUGUGUAUGGUUCCGACGUCGGCUGCUCUUGGAGACGGUGUUGGAAACUUGAUGGCCUUUAUCGUCAAUCAAACACAAACCAAAUACGCCGAAAAGCUCGCUUAUUGUGAAGAACUUGAUGCUACCGUUAUGGAAGUGAAAGCAAUUCCUGGACUCGGAACGACAAUCGAUGUUAUCCUGGUGAACGGUAGAAUGCGCACUGGCGAUGUCAUUGUGCUAACCGGAGCCGAUGGAGCGAUCGUGACUCAAAUCAGAGAACUCCUUAUGCCACAACCGUUGAGAGAAAUGCGUGUCAAGAACGAAUAUAAGCAUUACAAAGAAAUUCGUGGUGCUCGUGGUGUAAAGGUGUUGGCUAAAAACUUGGAAAAGGCACUUGCUGGUCUUCCGAUGUUCAUCACUGAUCGUGAAGAUGAGAUUGAUUAUUUGAGAGCGGAAGCCGAUGAACAGUUAAAGAAUGCACUUCAUGACAUUAAGAAGAAACCAAUCGGAGUUUACGUGAUGGCAUCCACUCUUGGAUCAUUGGAAGCUCUCCUUGAUUUUUUGAAAUCCCAGAAGAUUCCAUAUUCGAAUGUAAAUAUUGGUCCCGUUCAUAAAAGAGACGUGCAGAAAGCAUCAGCAAUGAAGGAGCACAAAGCAGAAUACGCAUGUAUUCUUGCAUUUGAUGUCAAAGUCGAAAGAGAUGCGCAAAUAUUCGCCGACAAUGAAGGCGUUAAAAUCUUCCAGGCCGAUAUUAUUUAUCAUUUGCAAGAUAGCUUCUUAAAGUACAGAGAAGAAUUGGCUGAAAAGGCCCGGCGCGAGAAUGAGCACUUGGCCAUUUUCCCAUGCAAACUCCGAAUUCUUCCCAACCACGUCUACAAUGCGAGAAAUCCGAUUGUCUGUGGUGUAAGUGUUGAAGCUGGGCAAGUGAAGCGAGGAACGCCGAUUUGUGUGCCGAGCAAAGAGGGAAUUCUUCUUGGUACUGUUUCGUCCAUCGAAAGAAACGGAGAGGAAGUUGUGUUGGCUAAACAAGGCGAUGAGGUUUGCAUAAAAAUUGAAAACACCACUGGUGAAGCUCCGAGAUUAUAUGGACGGCAUUUCACCCACGAGGAUACACUUGUCAGCAAGAUUUCCCGUGAAUCAAUCGAUGUUUGCAAAACAUACUUCCGCGAUGAUUUGAGCAAGGCCGAUUGGCAAUUAAUUGUGCAGCUCAAGAAGGUUCUCGAUAUUAUACAUCGAAAACCAUCAGUUCAAGCAGCUCAUCAACCAACUAUGAACGUUUAUUCGGUCCUUAUCUUCGUCGCCAUCGCUAUUGCAACGGUCUCGGCCCACGGAAGACCAUACUGCAGAAGACGACCAGGAACUGGAGCUGGAAGACCAGAAUAA